AUGGAUCUCAACGGCCCUGCCAUUCCGGCACCUCCUGGCGAGGUCUCGAUAUUGGACAAUCCUCCGAAUAGCAACGGACUUGCUUUGGGCGUCCAGAUAUUCACUUGCGUGGUCGCGACGCUAUGCUUUGCCCUUCGAAUUUACGGCCGAGUCCUUUUGGUGAAGAAAUUCCAGGCAGAAGAAAUUUUGGCUAUACUGGCUUAUGGUUGCUAUUGGGGCGCUAUUAUCCCGACGCUUGAGAUGCUCAAGUAUCCUGGUUACCUUGUUCACGCAUGGAAUGUCCGGCUCAAAGAUGUCAUUCCAACGACCUACAAAACUGAUAUGCCGCACAUGCAGUGGGUGUUCAUUUUCGGUGUCUUUUACUCCCUCGUCCUUCCGCUGCUAAAAGUAGCCAUCAUGAUUGAAUGGGUUCGAUUGUUUGUUCCCAGUUCAAAAACCAAAAGCUUUUUCUUUUGGGGGGCCGCUGUGAUUUCGGUCAUUCAGGUUGGGGCUGGUAUCGCCAUCAUCAUUUCUCUCAACCUCCAGUGCACUCCGCAUCAGCGCAUCUGGGAUUUUACAGUCCCUGGUACAUGCUGGAAUCUGUAUACGCUGCAAGUCAUUUCUGCAAGCAUUCAGCUUGCAUCUGAUAUUGCCAUGUUCUGUCUGCCACAGCAAAUUAUCUGGACCCUGCAGAUGACGUGGCAGAAGAGACUUGGCGUUGCUGCCAUUUUUGGCAUGGGUGUGCUUGCUAUCGUUGCAGCAUCUUUCCGAGUCGACGUGACAGUGAAGCACGGUAACUCCCCCGACUCCAUCUACACGCUUGGCCCGAUCGUGUUCUGGGCCUCGGCCGAAAUGACAUGCGGAUUUUUUAUUCUCUGCGUGCCUUGCAUUCCCAAGAUUAUUCAAGAAGCGGGCAUUAUCCCUGCCAUCAAGAAGGGAACAGGCAUGCUACACUCUGGCGGCAGAUCCAACCAAGUUUCAAGCGGUUAUGGUCGCGGCGGUGGUACCACUAAGACGUCCGUGUCCGCAAACAAGGAUUAUUAUCAGCUAGAGGAGGAGGGAAUGAACAUGAAGAACCUAUCAGAGUCGACGGAGCAUUUGCACCAUGGCUCACACGCCCCUGCCAUCACUCGUACCACGCGUGUGACAGUAACCAACGACAGCCGCUCUGUCAGUGAUUCUGACAGCAAGAACGAUGGUUGGGGUCAUUAG